GUUAAAAAUAACAAAGAAAAAAAAAUGUGAAGGAAAGCAAAAGACAAGAAAAUCCAACUCAAUGGGCUGUUGACCCAGGAACUCUAAAUCCAUGUUAUUCGGUUCGACCCGUUACUCUUCGAAAAAAGGUUCAUCGUUGCGUAACAAAUUUCUCCAUUUCAUCGCGUCCAACAUCUCUGCAAACCCUGAUCUUAGAUCCUAGCUAAAGAGACUACCUUUAAAUUACCGAAUCGCCAUGGAUUACGCAGCUCGAAGAAGAGGUCAAGGAGGCCUCUUCGAAGGUCUCUACAGAGUCAUCAUGCGCCGUAAUUCCGUCUACGUCACCUUCGUCAUCGCCGGCGCUUUCCUCGGAGAGCGGGCUGUGGAUUAUGGAGUUCAUAAGCUCUGGGAAUACAACAAUGUUGGGGUUGCAUUGGAAUUUUCUGCUGUCAGUUGCGUGCAUGGUUCUGUGUAGCCAAAAAUGAAGUAUUUUUGCUUCUUCGCUUCCCCUUUUCUCUCCUCUUCUUAAACAAUAUGAUAUAAUCUUGCCUUUCCUAAAUCUAUAAUUUCUUUAGUUCGUGCAAGUCUCAAAAUAUGUUGCAAUUUGAUAAUGAUUAUAUGAAGUUGAUCAGCUUUUAUUGCCUUAUCCAAGUUGAUGCACCCUCAGAAUUGUUGGCACAGUGGCUUAACAAAUGCAUGUUUGCUGAUCUUUGUCUGCAAUAAUCAAUUUACUUUCAGAGCUUAAGUAUUUCUAUACCACUAACUUGUAAAUUUGUAUUAUUCCUAC